GGGCGGGGUCCAUUCGUCUCUGUGGGCGGGGUCACUCCAGCAGACGUGGCAGUCGCCUACGUCAUCAUAGUGUGCCUGAUUCAUGGGAAAGGAACAGAGCUGUAGCACUGAGAAAAAAAGAAGAUGAUGGAAGAAAGUGGGAUAGAAAGUACACCCCCAGCCAGCCCUAACCCUCCUCCAAGUUUGCCCCCCGCAGGUGCUCCCAUAGCUACUGCUCCUCUGGAGUCUUCUGGCUUGUCCAAUCCCAUGCCGUUCCCAGGCACCAGCUCCAUCUCUGUUGGUUCUCCCUCCAUCUCUGUUCCUAACCCCCCUCUCUCACUGCCAGCCAUCACCAGCCCUUUGGUCCCACCUCUGUCUGUAUCUGGGCCGUACCAGUCUCCCUCCACACUCUCUGCUCCUUUCACCAACACCACUUUGUUCCCCACCACUGCCUCUCCUUCCUUGCCAAUGCCACCUCUGACCUCUUCGGUGGGACCACCACCUGCUGCUGUUACUGGGCUGACAGCACCUCCUGUUGGUCCUCCAAUGACUGGAUUUUCUAUGAGCGCUGGAUAUGACAUCACAAGAGGACACGCUGGGCGAGCACCACAGACACCACUAAUGCCUUCUUUCUCCAAUCCCUCUGCCAUGCCAGGUGUUGUAUCUAACCCUAUGGUGCAACAGCCCGUUAUGUCUGGUGGAGUAAACACUGGCUCUCCCAUUACUUUUCCUGAGGAGCAUGAAGACCCCAGAGUGUCUGGACCUCCAAAUGCGGGUGGGGGCCUUUGGGGAUUCUUUAAGGGUGUAGCAGGUAAUGCUGUGGUGAAGACUGUUCUGGAUAAAACAAAGCACUCUGUAGAAUCGAUGAUCACCACUUUGGACCCUGGAAUGGCUCCUUACAUCAAAUCUGGGGGAGACAUUGACAUUGUUGUGGCAUCAGAGAAAGAGAUGCACGUAGAGGCUGUGAGAGAUGCUUUUCAGGAAGUGUUUGGGAUGGCCAUGGUAACCGGAGAGGCUGGACAGUCCAACAUCGCUCCACAGCCAGUUGGUUAUGCGGCUGGCAUCAAGGGGGCGCAGGAGCGUAUAGACAGCCUGCGGCGGUCUGGUGUGAUCCACGAGAAGCAGCCGGUCGUCUCUUUGGAAAACUUCAUUGCUGAACUCUUUCCUGACAAGUGGUUUGACAUUGGUUGUUUGAUCUUGGAAGAUCCAGGGCACAAUAUUCACAUUGACGUCUUUACUCAAGCCACACCUCUCGCUCUUGAGCACGUGCAACAGGCUCAGGCAUUGACACCUCCUGACUACAGUCUACGGUGGUCUGGUCUUGUUGCAACAAUGGGUGAGGUUCUGGAGCGAAGUCUUCCCAACAUCAACCGCACAGACUGGCAUUUCGCCUUGACGGGCAUGACCCAACGUCACAUGGUACAGAGUGCAGCCAAAGCUCUGGCAGGGAUGUACAAACAACAGCUUCCUCCACGAACUGUUUAGAGCUGCUGUGCAAGCCCAUUGUAAUUAAUUAAUCUACAAGAGAUGGAUUCUCAAGUGUUAAACGUUGAGCAUUAGGAGAGCUACUGUCACAUGUUUUCUUCUCUGCUCUGGUCUACAUGCAUCCACUGAAGCCAAAUGUACAUAUUGUUUGUGUGAAUUAUUUUACAUGUUAGCCUUUUUUUUUUUAACUGAAGUUUUAAUUGAACCUCUAAAUUUUCUUUCACUGCCUCUGAUCUCUCAAUUCAUUGCAGCUAAUUGGUUGGUUGAUAAUAUUUGAUAAUACAAAAGCAGUAAUGCCAAUAAAUGUUUGGUUUAUAAAAUGUGAACUACACAGAA